AUGGAGCCAUGUAGGUCGUCUGAAAGAGCUGAUAUUGUUUCACCAGCAAGGUUACAAGGAUUCAGCGAUGCAGUGUUUGCUACCGCAGCAACAUUGCUUGUUAUACCAAUCCGAAAGUUCGAGCUCGAAGGAAAUGAGACCUUGAAAGAGGGCCUGUUGAGAAAAUAUCCGCAAUUAUUGGUUUUCCUCGUGGGCUUUCUGGUGAUUUGUACAAUAUGGGAAUCUCAUAUUCUUAGAUUCAAGGUGAUCGCAAGAAUUGAUGAUUUCAUUGUUGUUAUGACACUCAUUUCCCUAAUGUUCACAACAUUCUUGCCAUUCACCGUUGCCCUUGAGGGAAAAUAUGGCCAGACUGAAAUUGCAGUUGUUCUUCCGUGUAUCGUACUUUUGGUACUUGAAUUAAUAGAAAGUUGCGUGUUCGGCUAUGCUUUUUUUACUCCCAGAUUACUCUCUUCAAGUAUUCAACGACUAGAUCAACAAGAAAUGCGGGUAAAGAAGGCGCAGAUAUUCGGUAAGAUCGGCAUAAAUUGCACUUUGUUCAUUCUAGCGGCAGCCUUUAGUGCUCUUGAUGUUGUGGUUUCUUGGGUUUUGAUUGUCAGUGUGAUAUUUACACCAUUAAUUCGGCGGUUGCUUGCUUACUGCAACAGACGAUAUUGCUGUCCCUUGAUUGAGGGGAGGUCAAGGAUUGCCGUUCUCGCAGGAAAGAUUGACAAGGAAAGAAUUGAGUAUUUUUCAGAUGCAGCAAUUGCUAUUGUCGCUACUCUCUUGGUGUUAGACAUAACCACUGAGGAUUUUCCAAAGGAUUCUGCUGUUAAAAAAGAUGGACUCGGAAGGACCUUAAUAAACAUGCGACCAAUGUUUGUUGGUUACAUGGGAUGCUUCACUGCAGUUGCUAUUUUAUGGUUUGUUCACCAUUCAAUUCUACAUCAAAUAAAGUUACUAACAGCAGCCAUGAAUCUUUGCAACAACCUUUUUCUAGCAUUUUUAGCUGGUACACCAUUUGUUUCAACAUUGGUUAACAAAUUCACUGGUCAUGUCAGCCACAAUGAGAAGAUUGCUGUUCGUUUUAGCUGUGUUAUUUUAUUUGGUGCUGGUUUCAUGCAGUUUACACUCUUUGUGCUAGCAUACUGGAAUAGAAAUCGUCUAAUGCAUUCUUGGGCCAUACCAAAUGGUUCUGCUGGCCACCGCACACACAUUUACUUGCUACUAAAAACCCUGAUUGUUCCAUUGGUCACUUUCAUCACAUUUUGUACUAGCAUAUCCACAGAUAAGGCUACAUUCAUUGUCUAUCAUGUUUCCCUGGUUGCUGUUCCAGUCCUCUUUGUGCUUCUGAAAAUAGCAUUUGCUUGCCACUGCAAUCAGAGAUCAUCAGAGACUGACCCAAGCAGUAUUGAAAAUUCAACUGAAGAGAGGGGUAUUGGCAAUAGCAAUACAGAAACAGAUCUGGUAAAUGAUCAAACAUCAGAGUCUGUGUGUUUGUCACCCAAAUCAGAAGCUGUGUGUUUGCGACCAGAGGCUGUUUGUUUGUCAAGAAAGGAAGAAGGAGAAGAUGAUGGUAUUCCAGCAGAAUGA